UAACAAUAAAAAGAGACUUUCUUUAAUUUAAUGAUACCUUGAUUUUCAUCUCAUGUUACCAAUACACAAGACGAUAAACUCGAUAUCCUGACCAAUAAACCCCUUCCUUCUAACCCUAUUUUCCUUUCUAGCGCAUAUCUUCACUACCGCACAACAAACUACUCUCUCUCUCUCUCUCGCUCUCUCGUCUGAUCGAUCUGUCUUGAAUCUUGGUGUCCUAAUCUUAGCUAGACAAACCGAGAAAUUUACACAGGCCUCUAGCUACAAGCUAAGAUGCAUAAAUAACACAAGUAGUUCGAGCUCAGGAUUAAAGGUGGAUCGGAGGCAUGGAAAACGCCCGCUUCCUUCAGAAGCAUCAGAGGAGAAAGAGAGGGAGGAUCGUCCCCACCACCAUGAUUUCCCUUCUGACUACGAAUCUUCCUGGACGGAAGCUGGCAUGUCAGCCAUGGUUUCUGCUCUCACUCAAGAUUGGAACCACCAAAGAUCAUGCUACCGUGAAACCAAACCUUACGUAUAUCUCAGAUUCAUCACUCCUAGUCAAACGAGAACCCGACCGCUCUCAACCGGUUCAAGAUCAAGAACUACUAAGUCAGCGACAGCUCCCAGCGCGAGGCCGGUUUCAAAGGGCAGAGGCACACUCAUACAUGUGCCUGCGGCCCCAUGUACCCAUCUACAAAAGUCUUACCUGGAAUCGAACUACUUGUAAGAAGGUGAGGAAUGGAAUGUAAGUACCCACCACCACCUGACCAAGCAUAGCAACAUCCAUACAAUAAAAUUAUGAGUUGCAUCACAUUAAUUAGCCGCACACGCGUACGUGAA